CAGCAGUUGGGCUUGAUCCGGCGUGAGGGGCGUUCGUCGGGCCUCUGCCUGCUCGCCGCCGCCUCCACCGCAACACCUGCGAGAUGCCACUUACCACCGCCGCCGCCGCCGCCGCCGCCUCCACAGCCAACGCCGCGCUGGCAUGGACCCGCUAGGCGCACCUGCCUGCAGCCAUGUCGGAGAGAUUCAGUCGGCGCUCCAUCGUGCUGGGACGGCGGGGUUCGUCGUACACAGGUUUGCAGGGGCCGGCCACGCCGUCGCACUUCCCCUCGCACCUCAUCAACGCCGAGCCUGCAAAGCUGAUCGCGGAGAUCAACACGCAAGUGGCCACUUUUCGCGACCUGCUGAUCCACGUGGGCCACCAAAGCAAGGACGGACCCGAGAUGCGUGAGCGGAUUCGGAAACUGCGCCGGCAGUGCGUCGAGGCCUUCAAGCACUCGGUCCAGCUCAUUCUUCCGCAGAUCAGGAGUGACGUGGCCGAGGGUAUCCCGGUGGACAACCAGCACUUCAUUCUGCUCUUCAUGUGCACGCAGCUCUUUCUCAGGGAGCUGAUCAAGUGCAGGCGUCUCGUGCAAGUCAUCCCCAUGGACAUGUCCGGAUACUACGAAAACCGUCCGGGGCCUUCAAACAUGGGCAACCUGAUCAGCCAGCUGCUGCUCUGCAAGACGAUCACGCCCGACUUCAACCUGGAAGAGCUGGCGAGCAUCAAGAAGGACUCGGAGGAAAUCAACGGCCUCAUCGCCGACAUGCAGGAGUACAUGCCCCAGCAGCAGCAGCCAGACACUGCAUCGCAAGGGCGGCAGCUAGGCUUGGGCGGCGACGAGGUGGUGAGCAAGUGGAGCAAACGCCGGCGCCGCAGCUCGCUGUACCGCAGCAUGGGCUCGUUCUGCUGUCUGUGCAAGCCAAACUACCUGUAGCACCCGCGUGUGUGAGUGUGUCGCGUCUCACAAAAGUUGCACUCGGACUACACGCAGUUGGACACUCAAGUUGCGAUCGAAGCUGCAAUAUGCGUUUACGUUUUAUACAUUCACACACAUAUACACCAGAGGAAGAGAUUAUAUAGCUAAAUGUGUAUGAAAUAACCUGAAACACCAACAAACACCUUACCCAAGCAACGGGAAAUCUUCCAGACAAACUCUUUCUCUCAGCACUGCGCUCUCCGAUUACGCCUCUCUCUCUCUCUCACACACACACACACACACACACACACUAACUAACCCCUCUGCUGAUUCGAAUCUGUACAUCGCUCCUGAAAUGUGAUCGAUUUGUAAUAUAAUAUCUCAAUUAUAUCGUCGUGCGGUCGUUCCCCUUCGAUCUGAACAAUUAAGUUGCGCGCACAUCAUGAGGAAAACAUCAAUUUGUAGACUCACGCGCUGAUCUUCUGAAAUGACACACAAUUAUAAAUGUAACUAAUGAUGAUGAGAAAUUUGAAGCAAUCUUCACUGAGAACACCACUGUGGACCAAAUAUAGCUGUCUCGCAAACUGAGCAAUACUUGUGGCGUGUAUAGCGAUCGAAAGAUAUUACCGACAACACUCAUAAACUCUCCGUUAUUAUAUUAGGAUGUAGUUCGAUUAGAAGUGAACAUAGUUGGGUGUUAUCAUCGCAACAGGUAACAUUAUUCAGUAGCGUUCAAAAAAGGGUGUAAAAAUAUUAAUCUAUAUUAUUUUCACUCCUGAUUUAUUGUUUAAGAAAUGCUUUGCUGGCAAAGAUAAUUUUAGGAUUUAUAAGGUUUGAUUUUGGGCGAAAUAAAUGAAUUUGUGUAGCAUCCAACGAUUUAAGAUAUAUAAAACAUGAGUGAAUUUUGGUUUGGCUAUGUGGCACCGAAGGUUAAAAAUCAUGAUGGGAUUUAACUUAAAAAAUUACCCAUACUGAUCAAUUCGUCUCAUUUAAUAAUUUUGAGCAUUUUUUUUAAAUCUCCACAAAAAUUGUUGAAUCGAAAAAUGUCAACCACAUACGUGGUUCACAUCAUUAUUGGUACACCAAUUCUAUGAUCGCCAAAAUCUAAAAUGCAGAAUCUGAAGACUUUUCUUGUCAGCUUUAAAAAAAGAAAAUUGCUUUUGAAUUAGCAAAUUUUUGAACCGAUGUAUUUGAAAAUUUUUGAAAAACAUUUAAUUUCUCCCCUUGAAUCACCUGGACUAAUACCGCCAAAAAACAUCCUUCUUUGUCACUAAACUGCUGCAUCGGAAAAGCUAUGAGGGAUAAAACACCGCUUAUAAUAAAUCAGAUAAUAAGCAAUUUAAUAUUAAACGUGUCACAUUGACAGCGUGAGAGUAAGGUUGAGCGAAUAUAUUUAAAAAGAAAAUGUCUAAAAACUGUUGAGAUACGUUAUUAUAUGAAAUAUAAAAAAUGAUAUUAUACACACGAGAAAUAAAAGCAACAUUAUUCUUAUAUAGAGCCGAGAUCGAGCAAUUUAAAAUAAAUACUAGAAGAGUUUCAAAAAGUCGUUGUAAAAUCACACAGACUGAUGGUUUUGAGAUCAAGGUUUGACGCGCGCGCGCAUUCGCUGCAGCAGAGCAUAAUACAAAAAGCAGAGGAGAGUUUCACACUCACUAUGAGGA